AUGGGUAGACAGAUAGAUACUACUUUAAUUCUCUGUCAAAAGGAGAUAUGCGUUAAACGUUUAGAAUAUUUGGUUUAUGAUAAACAAAAAUACACAAUGCGUUGCCUUAUUGUAUUAAAAUAUUUGUAUUUGUAUUUAUUUGACUACAUCACCGAGCUUUCUUCAUGCUGCCGCGCUUGGUUAGUACAUGAAAAUAAACAAGCAUUACCACUGGAUACAGAAGGAGAGAAAGUGGAUUUAAAAAAGAUUGAAUAA